CAGCGUGUGUAGUAGCACGUCGAGUGGAAUUGGAAACAACCAAAACAAAUGUUGACAUGGGCUGGACCUGCGGGCAAGUCAAGCUCGUGACCUGGUGCGUGUGUUGGCUGUGCGCUGCUGUCAUCGGAAUUAUUCUUCCUCAGUUUCCAGAUGUUCGUGGAGGUUGGAAGAUCGCUCUGUACGUGCUAGUGGUGGUGCUUGCCGUGAGUCCGGUCAUCGCCAUCAUUGUGGAGCUGGACAGGUUGGUGAAUGCAGUUCGUGCUCAUGUCGCCGAACAAACUCCAUCGUCUCCAAUUCAUCACCACGAAAUACAGCAAAAUGGAACUGUACCCGACGUACCAAAUAUAGUUGUGUGCCCUGUCGACGUUCAUCAAUCUGGAUCCCCAAGCGCAGGUGCCAAACCAGUUAGUAAAUUCUUCAAGAGUUGGGCGGAUUUGAAGACCUUGAGAAAAUCGGGCUACGAAGAAUUGCCGAAAAAUGAAGACAAAAUGUCAGCAGUUAAGACAGACAGCGAAAAUACUUUUCAAUACUUGAAUGUUAAUGCUUGUAUGAACACCAAUGUACCUGCUGUAAUGCCUGGCGAAAUCAGCGAUUCUUUGGAUGAAGAAUAUUUCGAAACGGAUGAAGGAGCUGUAAUUGUGGUGAAAAAAGUGAGUAGAUCAGACGCAAUUCGCAACAUGAAGCUUAACAGUGAGCCAGCUAUGCCCGUGCCCCAAGAUGAACAAGCGUCCAGCUAGAAACUUUAACCGCUUCAACAUAAUAUUGUUAAAAUUUCUCUAAUUUAAAUAAAUUUUCGUCCAUAAUAUCCAUUUGAUUAGGGGAACUCCUUUCCAUUUUACAUUUGCCAACGAGGAAAUAGAUGGUAGUAGGUAUAAUUCUUUUCCCGAAUUCUGAUAAGCAUGGGAUCAGUUGAUAAGGUUUACGUUACUAAUCAAGUCGUCAUGUUGUUGUUUAUUUGUUUACUGAUGAUGUGGGGUUGUCCCCCAUGUCCCUCUCGGCUCAAGUUGUCACAAAGUCUUUACUUUUUAUUUAUUUUUAUGGAAGUAGGUACUAGAAACUGAUCCAUGAGGUACCGAAUAAUGUUUAAUUCGUGCCUAACCACAGCAAGUCGUCAUUAUCAAAGCGUUUUAAUAUCUUUAGUCUUGUCCGAAGUGAGAGUCGAUCGUGUUGUACCUCCGAAUAUUGUUUGAAUGCAUUUGAACAUUGAUGUUGAUUUAUUGCAGGAGUUACAUUCAUAAAAAUUAUGUAAAACCAAUCCCAGUUUAACUACAUUAGUUACUUAUGAAGAUCGUUUGAAUUCAUUCGAACAUUGAUGUUGAUUUAUUGAAAGAGUUAUAUUAAUAAAAAUUAUGUAAAAUCA